CUCACCUGUCUGUCUCUCCUGUCCGUCUCUCCUGUCUGUCUCACCUGUCUGUCUCUCCUGUCUGUCUCACCUGUCCAGCUCCCGGAGGUGUUGCUGUGGUCGAAGGAGCAGAAUGAGGAGAGGAGUCUGAACCUGACCGAGUUCACUCAGCACUUCAACAACGUCUCCUUCUGGGUCCGUUCGGUCAUCAUGCUCCAGGACAAAGCUCAGGACAGAGAGAAGCUGCUGCUUAAGUUCCUGAAAACCAUGAAGCAUCUGCGGAAGCUGAACAACUUUAACUCUUACCUGUCCAUCCUGUCGGCGCUGGACUCCGCCCCCCUGCGGCGGCUCGACUGGCAGAGAAGCACAGCUGAGGCUCUGGAGGAAUACAGCUCUCUGAUUGACAGCUCAUCAUCGUUCAGAGCCUACAGAACAGCUCUGGCUGAGGUGGAACCUCCCUGUAUACCCUACCUGUAG